AUGGCCGCCCUACAAGACUUUACAAUCGCAAGAGGAACAACAUUCUCGAAGCUCUGUCCGAAUAUAUCGGAAGUCAUGGAACUGACUAGGCCAUUUGCGUGGAGAGAUGUCGUCUUCCGACAAUUGCAGAAGUAUAAGCCGGAUCUUUUGUCGUUGACCGACUUGAGUGGAUUGAAGGAACCGAGACUUGUGGGAGAUAUCCUGGUACUACCAAUCGAUGGGUUUGGGAUGGGCCAGCGACACUCCAAUAGUACAAGUGACGGAUCAACUCCAGAGGAUGCAUACGUACAGCAUAAAUUUCAAGGAUCGUGGAAGGAUGAGAAGAAGUCAAAUGAGACAGAAAUAUAG